CCAGCCCAGCAGAACUCACACUCCCUCCCGGUGCCCGGGUGCCUGACAGGAGCUAGGGAGUCGGGGUGUGCAGCUACCGGGUGCCGGAGCUGUCCUCGGAGGUGGGGAGCAGGAGACAGGAUGGCCCCAAGGCGAGCCGUGCAGCUGUCCCUGAAGAAGCCCACCUAUGCUGUGUGUGUGGUGGGGACUGAGACACUGGUGAACGUCCACAGAGAUGUGCCCAGAGGUGCCAAGACCUUCAGGGUCUCUGGGAGCUCUAAGGUGGAGGUCUCUAUGGUCUAUGAUCCCAGAUGGGUGACAGAACCCACAGGCAAGGCCCACUGGCCACUGGAUGCCAGUGUGGAUGUGGUCAUAUCUGUGGACACAGCCAGUAAGGAUUUAAACGACCUCAAGGUGAAGGUGUCAUAUUUCAAGCAGCAGGAGGACGAUCCCCUGGGCCACAGCAUGCUCUACCUGACUGCAGUGGAUGUUUCCCUCGAUGUUGAUGCCAGCCGCAUAGGCAAGGUGAAAAGGUGCCAAAGGGACAAGAAGACCUGGCGCUGGGGCCCCGAGGGCCACGGGGCCAUUCUGCUGGUGAACUGUGACAAGGACAGCCGUAAAUCGCAGAAGCCUGAUCUCUACAGCAGCCAACCGGUGUCCCUGGAUGACCUACAGGACAUGUCCCCCAUCGUGCUGACCUGCGACGGCCCUGAUGAGCUGUUUGACCGACACAAGCUGGUCCUGAGCGUGUCCUCGUCCGACUCCAGGAGGGUGCGGGUCUUCCAUGCUCGGGGCGGAACUUCGGUCUCCGACUACAGGCAGGUGCUGGGGCCUCAGCACCUGUCCUACCACGUGGAGCGGCAGCCGGGCGAGCAGGAGAUCAGGUUCUGCGCCGAGGGCCUCGCGUUUCCUGACGCCGACUUCUCGGGGCUGGUCUCGCUCAGCGUCAGCCUGGUGGACACAGUGUCCCUGCCAGAGGUGCCUCUCUUCACAGACACCGUGGCCUUGCGUGUGGCUCCCUGGAUCAUGACCCCUAACACCCAGCCACCCUUAGAGCUCUACGUGUGCAGCGUCACAGAUCAGCAUGGCUCCAACCAGAAGUUUCUGGAUGACAUGGCUUACCUGGCCCUGAAAGCCAACUGCAAGCUGAUCGUCUGCCCCCGGGCGGAGAAUCGCAAUGACCGCUGGAUCCAGGACGAGCUGGAGUUCGGCUACAUCGAGGCCCCGCACAAAUCCUUCCCUGUGGUCUUCGACUCACCCCGGAACAGAGGCCUGAGGGAUUUCCCCUAUAAGAGAAUCCUGGGUCCUGACUUUGGCUACGUAACCCGGGAGCCCCUCAACUCUGGCGCCUCCAGCUUAGAUUCCUUCGGCAACCUGGACGUCAGCCCGCCUGUGACCGUGGGUGACACGGAGUAUCCCCUGGGCCGGAUCCUCAUCGGCAGCAGCUUCCCCAAGUCCAGGGGCCGGCAGAUGGCCAAGGUGGUGCGAGACUUCCUGGCAGCGCAGAAGGUGCAGGCGCCCUUGGAGCUCUACUCGGACUGGCUGGCCGUGGGCCACGUGGACGAGUUCCUGAGCUUCGUGCCCACCUCCGACCCCAAGGGCUUCCGGAUGCUCCUGGCCAGCCCCAGUGCCUGCCUUAAGCUGUUCCAGGAAAAGAAAGAGCAGGGCUACGGGGACGCGGCCCAGUUUGCUGGGUUAAGAUACAAGGCAAAGAGAAGCAUUAACGAGUUGCUGGCGGACAGGCGCCUCAGGAGCGACAGCCUCUACGUCCAGAAAUGCAUCGACUGGAACCGAGAGGUCCUGAAGCGGGAGCUGGGCCUGGCGGAGGCCGACAUAAUCGACAUCCCACAGCUCUUCUCCCUGAAGAGCGACUAUGCCGAGGCCUUCUUCCCCGACAUGGUGAACAUGGUGGUGCUGGGCAAGUACCUGGGCAUCCCCAAGCCCUACGGGCCAGUCAUCAAUGGCCGCUGCUGCCUGGAGGAGCAGGUGCGCGCCCUGCUCGAGCCGCUGGGCCUCCACUGCAUCUUCAUCGACGACUACCUGUCCUACCACCGGCUGGAGGGCGAGAUUCACUGCGGCACCAACGUGCGCCGGAAGCCCUUUGCCUUCAAGUGGUGGCACAUGGUGCCCUGAGCUGCUCCCACGUGCCGCCCCGUCUGCCCCCCUGCUGGGGAACCCUGCCCAGGCAAGGGUGAGGACACACACCGGCCUCCCUCUUUUGGGGGUCCUUGGGACAUCCCCUGCCGUGCCUGCAAGUGUGCUGGCCACUGUGGGCACUGGGCUGCAGGAGUGGACGCCACCUUGCCUGGCCCGAAGAGGACUGACCCCAUCUUUUUCCUCCCCUUCCCCAGCCAUGGCCCCCAGAGGCCCAAGGCCUGUAGCCUUCAUGUGUCCAGCUGGCCACAAGGGGCUCCCCUCUUUCUGGAUGCCUCCUGUGGCUUUGGGUCUGCACCAGCAGUGGGUGCUGACCCCCACAGGAAGAGGGAUCAGGGCACCUUCCUUCCAGAGGGGACGUAGGCUGUGAAACCACAGUGCCCUUCAGCUGUAGAAAACAAACAGGACAGGAAAUCCUGGUGUCCAAGGAGGCGACGAAACCCCUUUAAUACCUGCCUUAGCCCUUGCAGGGUGCUUGUUACUUGUCUGGAAGCCUUUAAUUAAGCAGAGCUGGCUGCUUCCGGCCUAAAAUGCUGAGCAACAGAGAGGGAUUUGGGGAAGCUGAGUAAGGAGGCCUGGGCAGGAGAGGAUGAGGCCAGAGUGGCUGGGCAGUGUCCUCCGGGCCUGGAAGCUUCUGCACCCUGGGACCGCCAGGGCUCUGAAUCUAUAGGCAGCUGGCUGUUCCAGAUGUGGUGGGGGUGGGGCCAGGUGUGAGAAGAGGGUGGGGGACCAUUAGGUUAUCUCCGAAGGUGGGGCUUAAUUUCCUUUAAUAGUCUGUCAUUAUCCCCUUCCUUCUGCGGGCAGGGGGAGGGGAAGGCUGGUCCACGAUCCCUCAGCGGCCUGCCCCCUCCGUCACAUACAUGCACACAUGCACACAUGCACAGCUUUGCCUGUGAGCAACCCCUGUGGCAGGCCAGGUCCCUCCCACAGCAGGACAGACAGCUGCUCGUCAGUUUAAUGGCCCUAUUAGGCCACAGAGGCGUGUGCAGGCAGGCCGAGCGGCUGCAGCUGCCUGGGCAGGAGCGAGCGGCCUGCGUCCUCUCCACCAGCUGGGGAGCUGUGGCCACUGUCAGUCCUCUUUCCUCUGGCCAUCUGUAUUUGUGGUGGCCUCUGGUGAGUCCUCAGACCGAAGCAGCUAUGUCACUCUUUUAGGCUUGGAAUUAAAGAGUCAGGAGGGGUGACAAGGGUGGGGGAGAACCUGGAUCCUCCCUUCUGGAAGGUUCCCAGGCCCUUGGAAAGCUCUUUGUCUGACCCUGGCACUUUUGUCUUAGGAUCAGGACCCAGCUGAGGCUGAGGAUGUGGGGUCGGGAUUGGAAGCCCCUAGGGAAAGGGCCCCUGGUGGGAGGGGAGCAGGCGUGCAGAGAGAGAGGGAGUUUGGAGGCUGUGGAGUUGCUGCUGGGGCCACUGGGUCCUGGAGUCCUGCUGAGACUGUUCUGGUGGCCAGUCACCUAUUUCUGAUCAAUAAAAAUGUCAGCAUGCAUUUCCUUUGCUUGUGUG